AUGAUCGCCAAUGGUAUAGCCCGCCCCUCCGCAAGCCCGUGGUCAUCACCUCUUCACCUCACACCUAAGAAGGAUAACGGGUGGCGUCCGUGUGGAGACUAUAGGAUGCUCAAUGCCCGGACCAUUCCUGACAGGUAUCCAAUCAGGCACAUCCACGAUUUUACCCAUAGCAUAACCGGAUGCAAAGUGUUUAGUACCAUUGACCUUGUAAAAGCAUUUAACCAAAUACCUGUCAGUGAGAGCGACAUCCCUAAGACCGCUAUAACAACGCCGUUCGGGUUGUAUGAGUUUCCCUUUAUGGACUACGGCCUCCGUAACGCAGGACAAAGUUUUCAACGCUUCGUGGACGAGAUGAUCAGAGGAUUAGAAUUCUGCUACUCUUACCUUGACGACUUCCUGAUCUUCUCACAAAACGAAGCGGAGCAUGAGGAACACCUUCGCCAAGUGUUUAACAGACUUAAAAGCUACGGUAUACUUAUCAACAAUUCCAAGUGUACUUUCGGCGUAAAGGAAGUAACAUUUUUAGAGUCCCGUAUCUCCGAAAACGGAAUCAAACCCUUGGCUGAUAAGGUCUAA